AGUUAACUGCUCAAACGUAAGAAAAAAGGGGGAAAAGAAAAGACUUUAAAAGUGCCCUAACGGAUAGUAAACCAAAGUUUGAGAAUGGAAGCAGGGCAGCAGCCGCAGCAGCAAUACCAUGCAUGGAAACUCAAUGUCAAGGCCAAAGCCAAGAACUUGGAUUUCAAAUUUGUAGCCUCCAACUUCUUACCCAAUUCCAAGUAUUAUUUCCCAUUCUCUCUCAAGUUCAAAUACUGCAGAUUCUUGAUCCGUCUUAAAUCUGAAACACUCACUUCUCCAAAUCCCAAGAAACCAAAAUCUUUUAAAUCAAAACUCCAUCGAUUUCUCGAAGGACUCCGUAUUCGUCGACGACGACAUCCCAAGAACAACAGAGUCGUCACUAGUUCCAUACCAAAGAACAAGGCAACGAUUUCUCAGAGUUCAGUGGUGUUAGGAAACCUAGCCCUUUUCAUCCAAUCAAUCUAUAAAGGGGACAAAGAUGGAAUCCUUAUACUUGGUUCUAUUUUCUUUAUUUGCUUUGCUUCCUUAUUUAAAAAUUUCAUGGCAAGAAAAGCUUGGAAAUUGUUGGUUUUUAUGAUUGGUGCCAUAGUUAUUUGCUCAAAUGUGAUGCAUCUCAGAUUCAGAAGCCACUUUGAUCAUCACUAUCUUUCCAGCUUCUUUUGGAGGGCUUUCACAAAUGCUGCCUCCUCUGCCUGUUUAUAUAUACUGUCUCAGGUGCUUAAUCUUAUAUCUAGAGUAAAUUGACUUUUGCAUUUGCACGUUGUGUAUAUGCAAUUUCCCC